AUGUCAAUACGAAUUCCAGGACAAGUGGUUGAAAUUCCUUGGAGGAAUAACAACGCUAGUCUGAUGAGCAGAGAUCCCCCUUUAUCGGAUCAAGGGGAGACCAUCAUUGGCGUCUACCUGUUGGUACUGGGUUGGCUGUCCUGGUUUGGCAACAGCGUGGUCAUCUUCGUCUUGUUCCGCCAGCGUUUCAGCCUGCAGCCCACCGACUACCUGACCCUGAACCUGGCCAUAUCGGACGCCAGCAUAGCCGUGUUCGGCUACUCUCGAGGCAUCAUCGAGAUCUUCAACGUUUUCCACGACAACGGCUUCCUCAUCACCUCUGUCUGGACCUGCCAGGUGGAUGGUUUCUGCACGCUGCUCUUCGGUCUAGGGAGUAUCAACACCCUCACAGUCAUCAGCAUCACCAGAUAUAUCAAAGGAUGCCACCCUGGGAAAACCCACUGCAUCACCAACACCACCAUAGCCAUCAGCAUCAUGUUCAUCUGGCUGGGAGCCUGCUUCUGGUCCGCAGCACCCCUAGUGGGCUGGGGGAGCUACACAGAUCGCGGUUACGGUACGUGUGAAAUCGACUGGGCCAAGGCCAACUACUCCACCAUCUACAAGUCGUACAUCGUCUCCAUCCUGAUCUUCUGCUUCGUGGUGCCAGUGAUCAUCAUGCUGUUCUCCUACGUGUCCAUCAUCCGCACCGUGAAGCGCGGCAACGCCAUGGCCGCCGAGGGCGACCUCACCGACAGGCAGCGGAAGAUCGAGAGGGACGUCACGAUUGUCUCCAUUGUCAUCUGUACGGCCUUCAUCCUUGCGUGGUCCCCGUACGCCGUGGUCUCCAUGUGGUCGGCGUGGGGCUUCCACGUGCCCAGCCUGACCAGCAUCUUCACGCGCCUGUUCGCCAAGUCCGCCAGCUUCUACAACCCGCUCAUCUACUUCGGCCUGAGCGCCAAGUUCCGGAAGGACGUCGGGGUUCUGCUGCCCUGCACCAGGAACGGACGGGACUCCGUCAAGCUGAAGAGGUUCAAGAAACUCAAGGGGAAACAACAGGUGGGAGAUUUGAAAGUCGAUGAUAACCAGGCUACAAUUCUGCUAGAUGGUGGCAAGGACAACCACUAUCGAAAAAGGGACCAGCAGAAGGCAGAGGUAGUCGAGGACCCGCCGAUCUACGUCAUCGACUUCCCCCACUCGGAGGCUCCGGAUUACGAGAUCGCUAGACUCUGA